GGAGAGCGUCGCGACGCUUAGUAUAGCGCGGGCCAACGGACCGAAAUAACGCGAAACGCGAACCACCAAAAACCGACGCCACCGCGCGAGCGUUUUUAGUUUUUUUCGGUUUUAAUUUACAAAAAAAAAAACAAAAAUUAAAAUUGACAACGACAUGUCUUAGUUAUUAGGUCGAUUUUAUGCCGAAGGAAUUCCUUCAAGGAAUGUUUAUGUUAUUGAUAACGCAUUCGGGUAUUUGCUUGCUGUGGUUUAUUAUAGUGAAGAAGGUAGAUCCUAAUGUAGUCAUUUCCACUAAAAGACUAAUAGUAUAAGUGCCAUAAAAAGAAGAUUUCGACUUAAAUGUAACUCCCAUCGCCCUCGUACGCAUGAUACCCUUAAUGCGAAAGACAGUGUCGUACUCACGGUCGCGAUGUCGCAUUCCAGCAGAGCAUGUAUGUCAUAUUUCCGGCAGAUGAGGUAGUAUAUCUGUCAUAUGAUCGCCUUAUCGUCGUACCCGAAUCUAGCCAAGAGAUCCCUGUAGUCCCAACUACAGCUCGUAGAACAGGAAACAUUGAUACCCAGCCAGAAGCAGGACCAUCCAAAAUUGAGUGCGACUCGGUUGAAGGUCAACCCUCUUCGAGUCGAGGUUGCAACCAAGACACCCCAGUAAGCAGACCCAAGAAAAAAGGGCUGAGAUUUAACUUCAGCUUACUCAAAAGGAAAAGCUCUAAGGACUCAGAGGCUCAGGGGGCAUUAAGCUCUAGAGUAAGACACUCCGUUGGACAUAGAGAGCAUUCGGGUGUAAAUGCACCCCCUUCAGAAGUAUUUAGGCAAUACUGUAACAUUUCCUCCCCAGUAGAUCCCCCAAAGGCUUGUAAAGAGAGAGAAAAGACUCCGUCCAGCGAAGAAAAGCUUUCGAGCAAAAGAUCCUCGACCUCCUCGUCAAGUAAACCACCUAUAGGCAAACCCUUACCACUUUCAGAAGAAAGUGGGAGCAAACGAUCCAGUAAGCACAGCUCGUCGUCAUCGAAAUCCGCCAAGCAAGGUAAAGAGUCCCCUGUGAGUCUACCGAACAGCAUUUCCACCCCAGCAAGACGUUCCAAAACCCCCACGAGGAAAACAUCAAACGCCAACCUGAACAUCGAGCAUUUCUCCCCGAUCUCCACCAGCAGGGAAAAAAACUUGGUGGAACCCAGUCCGGAACCAAAAGUGAAAUCGCGUAGCAACCCCUUCAAGUUGAGUUUCCGCAAGAGUAAAACCCCCGAGCCCUCAACCAGCCAAUCUGCCCGUAAGAAAGAGAAGAAACCUCCCGCACCAACACCACCGCCACCAUCUGCAGAAAGAAAACUGUCGUUUUCCGACUAUAUCGCCGUGAGUCGCGAGAAAUCUGCCGUGAACAGUAGUGAUAACCGUGAUAAGUUGCCGUCCGGUGCCCGUGAUAAUAAGACGCCGGUGCUCGGUUUGUUUCGGAAAACCUCGUCGCCUAAGAACUUAGGUCGCGAUCGCACUCCGCAUUUGAAUCAGCAGCAAAGUUUUCUGUUUCCCACUGAUAACUGUUCGAGACCUGCUAGUGCCGAACCCGGGCUCGUAACAGAUAAAAGGAGUGACGCGAGCAAACCGAAGGGCGCGCCACGUCGUAAAGAUCGCGUCUAAUCAUCCCCCAAUCAUUCCAAGAUGGCGUCCAACGAAUCUGCUCUAAAGGAUCUGAUCCAUCCGGCGUACAACGAACACCUGAAAUCCCAUAAUACUGUCGCUUUUAAAUUAGUUAAAACCGUUUCGGAUUUCACUCAGCAACUGGGCCAGAUGUACGAGCAACAUGCCGAGGAAAUGCAAAUGUUGGUAUCCAACUUUCGGAAGCGAAACAACGAACUUAGAAAAGAGAGACCGGCGUGCCCCAGCUCGUUAUAUCACACCUGGGAAGCCCUCCUUCAGGAAGUCGAGAUCGAUUCACAGGCUAUGAACGAAAUAGCUUUAAUACUGGGCCGUCAGGUAUCCAGACCGAUGUUGGAACGGUCGUUUUAUAGGAAAAUUCAAUCCAGGAAGGUAUUUACGCACAGAGAGAGUUACGAGACUAUUAUCGCUAAGACGGAGGAGAAACUAGCAAAGUCAAGACAAGAAUACAAAAAUGCUUACCUGACCUACCUGGCGAACCCAACAACCGAGAGCUUGAGCGCAUAUUUCAAUGCGCACAAUGCUUACGUUCAACAGCUCCACGCCACCAACGGUAUGAUGGAAGAAUUCGGUAACUCGACGCUGCCAUCUUUAUUACAGGAAUUAGAAGAAAUUUAUACUGAUCUUUGUUCUACGGUGACUGAAGCGGUCAUACAGGGUGCAGAAGUAGUUUCAUCUAGGGCUUUAGAGCAACAUAAACGUUACGAAGCUUUGGCGAAUCAGUGUCGUUCGGUGACAGGGUCAGCUGAUCUCGUACAUUUGACGAGGUCAUUGCCAACCCCUCAGGGCAGGGGAUUGAUAAUUAAGAGGGUCUUUGUGCCGCCCCAACGGCCACCCUCUCCCGAAACUACCGAAGUGGACGUAACCAAUGGACAUUUGAACAACGAAAACAUCCCUCCGCCUCUGAAAGAUGAAUUAGUGAUAGAUCAGCUCUCGGCGGUCCAGAUAAAGCCCUCCCACGACGCCCUUAAGAAGGAGUCUGACGACCUUAAGGUCCAGAUACGGCAGAUCCAAGACGCUCUGGAUACACUGUUGCGGAUCCAGCAACGGUCAGUCGAGGCGUCGCUUUUUAAUAAAGCGAAUGAGUUACAAGAGGACAUUUCGAUGAAAAGGUUCGAUUUGAGGGUGUCGCAGAUCCAUUUGAGCGCCAUUAAUGCACAGAAAGAAUUAUUUACCCAUAAAUUAGAGGGUGAUACGGGGGUGGGUCGCGAACGUAAAAUGUCCGCCUCAUCUACCGCGAGCAUGAAGAAUAAAUGGCUGAAGGCUUUUAAGAGUCUUAAGACACCCCCGCCGGAAGAACCGAAACCAAAAAACCAAAUGUACCACGCAGUAUCGACAAUAAUGUCUAUGAGGAAAAAUGGUUCGGCAGCCACAAAGGAACUUUUGAAGGGUGAUCCGGAUGCUCAUAAUUUCCAGGAGAAUACUUACAAGAAAAUCACGCCGUGCGACGUAUGCUCACAGAUAUUACGAGGGCACACACGUCAAGGGCUGAAAUGUCGCAUUUGUAAGAUGAACGUGCACUUCGACUGCCAAAAGGACGCCCAGAAAUGCCAAACGAAAGCGAAACUGCUCCGGAGACAAAAAUCCACGUCGGAAAUCGAGACCAGGAUACCCCAGGAUAUGAACACCGAGGACGAAAAUAUAACCGAGGGUGGUAUGCCAACAAUAAACCGUCGGAUUUCCGUGAAGUCUAUAGACCGAAAUCGGGUGUUUCCCUACAACGACAACGACGUCGAUUUAGAAAACCAAACGACCGAAGUGGACCAGAUCUACCAGGUACUAAAACAAGCUACGGAAAUCUCGAAUGCGAAACCCCGUGUGAACGUAGAGGGGCCGAGCGAGCGUUCGAAUCCGGGUAGCAACUCCGGGAGCGGCGGUGGCUCCGGACAGAGUCUUAACGCUAAAACCGUGACCAGAUUGACUCCCCAACCCGCCAGAGCUUCCGCCGGAUCUAAUUUGACCGUCAUUAAUCCCGCACCUUGUGCUACCAGUUCAGGACGCAUGAAGAUUCCUUCUUCCAGUUCUGGAUUGUUUUGCCCGAUGUUUGGAAGCCAUACCGUCGCGCCCCACUCCCCCCGUCGGCAGAAACUGAACCUGCGCAUGAAAAGUCUCUCGCUAGACUCGCCGGAGAGUACGGAGCACGCGCAGCGACGCCAGCGUCACGGCGCUAACGCCGCCAGCGAUCCCCACUCGAAUCACAGCUCGUCCUCCAAGAUUCAGUUGGUUGCCACUACUACCCUUCCUCCAAGGUCUCUUCCAACUCAUCCGGUUCGAAAAGAUCUGAAAACUCAAUCAACUCCAUCCAGUCCGGUGCACAACAGACGGCUCUUAUCGGCAAAAAACAUUCGAACCUCAUCAGUGGAACUACCAGAUGAUAAUGACAAGAGUCCCUCUUCUGCCAGUACUUCUCCAUGCCCUAGUCCAGUAGGAGGAAAAAAGUCGCAUAGGUUACUUCCGACGAACCUCUACGUUGUGCUCUACAACUUCAAGGCAAGACACCAAGACGAGUUGGACCUGAAAGCUGGAUACAAAGUGACCGUCAUAGAUACGUCAGAUCCAGACUGGUGGAAAGGGAAGUGUUUGGGCAAGAUGGGCUUUUUCCCGUCCAAGUACGUUUCCAAACUGUCUCCGGGGGAAAAACCGCUGCAGGUUACACACAAUUUGCAAGUCUCAGACGGUGAUAAUGGGCUGAUGCUAUUAAGAGAUCAGAUCGUGAUUCAAAUCGGCGAGGAAAUCGACGGUAUGGUGAUGAUCCGAUCUGGUGAUAACCGCCAGGGCGUUUGUCCUAUUAAGUUCUUACAGGAAGUGUGACAACGCAUUGAAAUAGCCUGCCAAGCGAACCAACCAUGCAACUGCUCCUUAAAACCUCAAACCAUUCCAGCCAGCAGUAAAGUAGUGAGUAAGUCACCAAACGCUCCUGCGACCCUCAGUAAGAUUUACUAUCAAGCGCCGCAGCCUCAAAUUCAAUUUUUCUCGAAUAACAAUAACCGCAACGUGAAGCAAAACAACAAAAAGAACUCCGGCAGCAUUUUAAGGUUUUACUACAACAACUUUGCCAAAGGAAAAAAAGAUACGAAUGUAUAUCAGAAUGCGGUGGAGAGGCGCAGAACUGAACUGGCAUUUUUACAUGGAAAGGCUCCGUUUUCAUCCACCCGAAGACCUUUGUCAAUAAGAUUAUCGACUCCGAAGCACGUGUCCAGUUUACUGACGAAAUCGUUUACGUCGGAUUCGCAAAAAAGGCCACUUCUACUACAGGGUUCCCCGUACAAUCACGAAUAUCGACCGGUACCACAUUUUCAAAUCAUCGCCAACCGGGACGGAUUGAAGAUCUCCUCGAUUUAUACCAUAAGCGAGAGUGUGGAAAAGUCUAGUUUUCAUAGGAAGAAUCUAUAUAUUUCGUCGAACAGUAGGCCCCUUUUCGUUAGAAAGUAAAAUCUAUUUUUUCCCACUAUAUGCAAAUCCUAUUUUUGUAAAUGUUUAGAAUAGGGAGUUUCUCACUGUUUAUGUGGUUAUACGUUUAAAAAUGGGUGCCAUAUUUAUCAUUCACUUAAAAUAGUUUAACGUCAACAAAUUGCACAAAAUUUAAUAGCAUACAUUCCAGAAUCAUACUUUACUUAAACCGACAUGUUCCUAUAUGCAGGGUGUCCCAUGAUGCAGUCCAAGCAUCUUGUAUAAGUUUCUCUUUGCCUAAAAUUUCUUCAACUAUAUUAUCUUCACCCUGUAUGAUGAUGCAUUUACCUGUGCAACAAGGAUUUGAUCAUUUUUCAAGAUAAAAAUAUACGAAUUUUCUAUUGUUAAUGUUAUUUUUACAUAUUUAGAAGUCUAUAUUACAAAAGAACGUGUUAUUUUAUACAUAUGAGGUGGUGCAAUUGAUUCCUGUAUGUAUAAUUUUAAAGAAACUAUAUUAUAGUAUGUUAUUCUAUGUACUGGGCCUGUUCUAACAAUUGUUGUGCUUGCAAACAGGCCUGGUAUUAUUUUUAAAUACAUGUGCACCUGACCAAUUACUAUAUAAGAUUCUAGUUGAGUGAAUCAUAAUAUAGUGAAUAAAACGCUCUAACUUUGACAGUUUUGGGUGGCAAAGUUAGAGCAUACGUACUAAAUAGUUAAUUUAAUAUAGAGAAAUGUAUAAAAAUGUUAUUAGUGCUACGUCAGAUAUAUAAUUAUAUGAUAUAUUAAAGGAAAACUGCUAUUACUAAAAAUAAACCUUUCCUAAAAUAGAGUUUUUAAUUGUACUAAAACACUUUUGGCUCAAUUAAUUAUUAUUUAGACCCAGUUGUGUUGAACGAGAGACAUAGGGAAGGUGAGGGAUGUACCUGAAAUUCUAUUUACAAAAAAAAUAACCGAAUACAUAUCCGAGGCAAUAAAAAUAAUAAAUUUAGUACAAUUAAAAACGUCUAUUAUUAAUGUGUUACGUACCUUAAAAGAACCUCAAAGAAAACUUUCGACUAUGUGGAUUAAAAAGUCUUAUAUAAUAUGCACACUACAUAAUAUAUGUUAUUUUGUAAAAUAAAUGUUUAGGAUCCCAAGCAGCACAUUUUGUUGACCACUGUACAAGAGAAAAAUAUAUAAAAUUUUAUUUAAAGUUU